GCCUGGGAGGCAGGAACGCAGCUCCGGAACCGACCUGAGGCGGACCCUCCCUCUUCCUGGCGGCAAAAUCUUUUUUUGAGGAAAAAUUUUCUAAAACAUUAAGAAGUUUUGAGGAUGGAGGGGCAAAACGACUAAGUCGCAUUUUCCUGUGAUCCUUUAGCCGGGAAAUUGUCCAAAUCUGUGGAUAAAUUCAUGAGAUAAGAAAAAGGAUGGCAUCUAGAGUAAAUUCCAGUUUCACUUUGAUUCCCAACCAGAAAUACAGACGUAGCAAUCGUCGAUCCAGCUAUUUUUCCAACAACCUUGCCUCAGAUUCUCAGCCCUUAUCAACGCUUGGAAACUUUAAAGCCUUGCCAUUGGAAAUAUUCCAAAUAAUCUUAAGAUACUUGUCAGUGAAGGAUAUCAGCAUGCUAAGCAUGGUGUCCAAAACAAUCAGCCAGCACAUUAUUAAUUAUAUCUCAACCUCAUCAGGAAGCAAAAGACUCUUACUACCAGACUUUCAUAAUCUUGAGCUGCCUGACAGGAAACAAGAAUCUGCCAUAUUGGAAUACUACAGAUCUCUAGGUCUGCUAUUUAAAAGAUGUACAUUGCUGCUACCCACAAAGGAAAGACUAAAGUACAUUCACAAGAUACUCGCAGAAGUUUCCUGUUUUAAAUUCAGUGGCUGUGCAGCUCCAUUGCAAUGUUUAGGAUUACCAUGUUACGGCAUGUUUUUACAGACCUUAACAGCAGGUUGGGAUGAACUUGAGUGCCAUCGUGUUUUUAACUUCUUAUGUGAGCUGACUAAUCUCCCCCGCAAGAUGCAGACAGUUGUCUGCAGCAAACCAGGCAGUGCCCGAAAGCUGGAGUUAAGGAUCCGACUGUUUUGUAGGAGGGUUCUGCUUGAUCACUGGACCCAUCGAAGUGAUUCUGCAUUUUGGCUAACACGUAUAUUAAAACCGUGGCCCAUGGUGAAUCAGGCAAGAUUACUGUAUAUCAUCUUUGGACCAGUAUCUCCUCAGGAUGGACAGGUGGUUUGGCAGAGAAUGAUAGAAGGACCUACAGAUGAACCCAGUUUGAAAGGUUUGGCUGAUGCCAUUAAAUUACUAUAUGACACAGGCACCAAAGAAUGGACAGCAGAUGAUAUUAUCAGCCUUGUAGAUGAACUAUCAGUGGUUCCUCGUGAGUGGCUUCUGGAGAAUAAUGCACGUCUCCUAAUCCUAAGUGGGAACAACAUCUGUUUCACUUUCAUGGCCAGUAAAGCUGUGAAUGGACGGGCCAUUGAACUGGCAAGGCUGAUAGUCUUUUUGGCUUUGGUGUGUGAGAAAGAACUAUACUGCAUGGACUGGGCAGUUAAAAUGAUGCAAAAAGUCUGUAAAGUCUUUAGCACUCCAGUGGAAAGAAAUAACUUCCUGCAGAGUGUGGCAAAUGCAUUUGCAUGUGUUACAAUGGAAAUGCUGCAAUCAGUUAUGUCUGGAGACCGUGAUGAAGAUGACAGAAGCUUUUUGAAUUUGUACCACCUUGUGCAAGCUCAGGCUAACUUCCAUAAGGAGGUCCUGUCUUUGACCGUGAAUACUCUUUCUACCUAAACACUCAGAAAGCCUUGCAUUUAGAGAAUAUCUCACUGAACUAAUGAUGAGAAUAGCGCUACUUUCCACACUCAAAGAAUAGCAUCCAUGGGACUUUUUAUCACCUCUAAGUAAUUCAAAAGCAAGAGAAAAUUCUGUUACAUAGUUAGAGCAGACCCCGAUUCACUAAAUAGUGUGUAUGUGUUCACUUUGCUUAAGUUGUGUGGACAUAGUCUAGAAUGUUCUGUGAAGAUUUGCAAAUAAUAAUUUAGAAUAUACAGAUAUAAAUCACAUUUUUCACCUUCUUGGCCUAUGAUUACAAAGAACAUUAUAUUCGAUUCGUGUUUUGCAGAUCAAAAACCAAACCAAAGGAAGUAUGUGUGUAUGUAUGUGCAUAUUCAUACAUGUAUAUGUUGCACACAUAUAUGAAUACAAAUACAUGCACACACAUAUAUUUCCUUCUUUAGGACAAAUAAUCUAAAAAGUCUAUAAAUAGAGGAAUGUAUAUGUUGUCUUAAUACAAUCAAAUCAUCUUUCAUUCUUUCUGGGUUUUACAGUAAAAUGUUACAAGUAAGAGAAAAUAGAAAAUGAAAGAAAGCAGCUAUUCUGCUGCCACAACACACAACCAAUUUGUACUUCCUCCUAAAGUUUUUCUCCCUGUUGGAAAGAGUGGGCCUUGAAGGGAACUGGAUGCAGGGAUGGCUUGAGCAACCCAAAGAGAGAGUGGGGUUUUAUUCACUCGAGUAAAUGGAUUCCAAGAAGCCCUGGGGCCUAUUUUAGUUUGUCUCGCAUCUGCCACCAUCUCUCAUAUGAUUAAAAUAGAAAACUGUAAUGCCUAAUGUGCAGAAAUAAUGCUGGAGCCCUCCUGGAUCUCCUAUUUUCCUCUCCUUGGGUUUGAUCACUUUACUUCCCCUGAAGACACACCCCUUCCCACGGGACUUCUCAGAGGCUGCCUUUCUUUUCCUAAACUCUUGGCUUAACUCACCUCUGGAGCUCAAGAAGGGGAGAAAUACUAAAAGACAUGGAAAUUCCCCGCAGAAGUGGGGUAUAAAUUGUGGGAAAUUCUCAAGUUUGGCAAGAGGGGCUCAGUAAGAGAUUCAAUCAGAUUGAGAAAGAAUGAAAAUUGUGGAGAAAAUAAUGAAUAGUGAUAACAAGGUUUUACUAUAUUUUAUUAGCAAAAGGACUUACCUUCGUUUUUUUGAGUGAGGUCAGAAAUUGACUACCUUUCUUUAAUGUAAUUCCAUCAGUGGCAGGAAUUUUUUUUCUCCAGAGUUUAGAAUUUGCUUAUUUAUACACAAAGUUCUUGCUUUUAUCUUGGUUUCGUUUUCUUCUUUUCAGUUUAAGGAUCCACCCAUAACUAAUUUAAAACAAUUGAAAGUUGCAGACGUCAGAAUACAAAACAACACUUUAGUUGCCUUUUUCUUUUCCUUCUCUCACUCUUUUUUCCGUAUGUACUUUGGAAAGUGAAAUCCAUUUAUUUAUCAAAACACUGAUGAUUCCAAGUUGAGAAUAUUAUAUGGGAGGGGGGGAGAGAAAAACAAAAGAAAACAGUAAAAUUUUUAAUAUAAAUAGUGAAUAUUUUAAAUAUUUUACUAAAUAGAUAUUAUAUUUCAUUCCCUUAGAAAAGGAAAUUUAGUACUGUGAAUUUCCUUGAAGUCUUUGAACUAUCCAAUUCCCCAUAGCAGUUAUUUUCAGCAGGUUCACAAAAAAGCGUAGUUUAAUUUAAAACAUUUUUUAAUCCGGAUUUUCAAUCCCUUUGCACACUGGAACUGACAUGACUGCUGCUGUAAAUUUUUUUAACUUACAUUAUUUCAUUAUUCAUUAUAAUUGUAAAAUUAUUAUCUCAUCCUCCCCAGA